UUGACACAGUCAAACCAAAUUCCUCAACCAAAAGCUAUGUUCAAAUACGCCGUUGUCAUCUUUGCUUUAGUGGCCUGUGUGGCUGCCAAGCCUGGAUUACUUCACGCUCCAUUGGCGGCAGCACCUCUUGUGGCACCUGUUCCCGUUCCCAUUCCGGUUCCUGCUCCUAUCGUGACAGCGGCCAGCAGCCAAGUGGUGAGCAGGACUUACAAUGGUCUUGCAGUUGCUCCAAUUGUCAGGCCUGUGGCACCGGUUGCUCCAUUGGCGGCUCCAAUCAUUAAUACUGUGGCUCCACUUGCACCUCUGCCAGCUCCCAUUGUAAGAGCUGUGGCUCCGAUCGCUCCUCUGCCGGCUCCAAUUGUCAGGCCUGUGGCUCCAAUUGCUCCUUUGGCUGCUCCCAUUAUCAAACCUGCACAUCUGGCCUAUGCUCCUGCUCCUUUGGCCUAUGCUCCAGGACCAUUGGCUGCAGCACCAGCUCCUUUGGCCUAUGCUCCAGGACCGUUCGCUGCAGCACCAGCUCCUUUGGCCUAUGCUCCAGCUCCUCUGGCUUAUCAUGCUGCUCCAUCUCCAGUUUUGUGGUAA